AUAUAUAAAUCGCAUUAGUACUUUAGCUGUUCGUCACAGUGACGUCAAUACCUAGCAAGUGUAGCAUCGACCGGCUAAGCGUUAAUUUCUUACUUUAAAACACGUUAAUAAAUUAAUGGACCGAACAGAUUGAACGAAAUGAAAAUAUUCAACAUAACUGUCUGUGUGUUUUUGUCGGUAACGUAAUUUACGAGCUUAUUUUAAAUGAUUCCAGCGGGCGGGCGGUUUUCAGGAAUCAAGCGCAGUUGUAGUUUUUCCGCAUCAAUAAGACGCCGCUCUGCAACGAGCGAGACAGUCGCUGUGGACUACAUUUCCCAGGAGCCACCUGGUUUAGCCGUUUUGACAAGUGUCAGACGCUUCUUGUUUCUCGCGCUGCUCUGCGGCUAACAGUUGUUAGCAGGCGGCGGGUGUUUGUCCGGGACCACAGGAUGGGUGUAUCCGAUUUAAAGUUUGAUACCAAUGCCGGACCCGUGGUGGAUCUCACUGCCCAGGGGAUGCAGAAGCUGGAUCCCAGUUUCACCUGCUCUGAUGACACACACACUCUCAUCCUGGACCGGAACCACAUCAUGAAACUGGACUAUCUGGAGCGGAGCCCAGGCCUUCAGCAGCUGUCCGUAGCAGGAAACCGUCUGGUGAGAAUGAUGGGUGUGUCUCGGCUGACAGAGCUAAGAGUCCUCAACCUUCCUGAAAACAGUAUUGGAUAUAUCGAGGGGCUAAGAGGUCUGCCUCACCUCCAAUGGCUCAACCUGUCUGGAAACAAUAUUAAGGUCAUUGAACAACUCACCAACUGUGUUUCCCUUCAACACCUGGAUCUGUCUGACAAUAACAUAUCAACCAUUGGUGAUCUGACGAAACUGGUGGCAUUAAAGACACUUUUACUUCAUGGAAAUAGCAUCACAACACUUCGCACUGUUCCUGCCCACCUACCUGCCCAUUUAUCCAUUCUCUCCCUGGCCGAAAACGAGAUAAGAGAUCUCAAUGAGGUGUCAUACCUGUCACCGCUGCAGGAACUGGAGCAGCUCUCUAUAAUGAGCAACCCUUGUGUUAUGGCGACCCCGUCAUUACCGGGGUUUGACUAUCGGCCUUAUAUCAUGAGUUGGUGCCUGAACUUAAAGGUCCUGGAUGGCUAUGUGGUGUCACAAAAAGAAGGUCUUAAAGCGGAGUGGCUCUACAGUCAAGGAAAAGGACGUUCGUAUCGACCGGGUCAGCAUGUGCAGCUUGUUCAGUACCUCACCAAUGUUUGCCCUCUGACCUCAUCACCCGCCUUGGAGACGGCAGAAGACGCCAAGCUAGAGAAGAUCCUCAGUAAACAGAGGUUUCACCAAAGGCAGCUGAUGGAGGAGACGCAGGGGAGCGGUCACAGUCCUCCUCGUCCGACUCAACUUGAUGUGGAGAAGCACAGUCCUCCAGUGGACACAUCACAGGAGGGAGCCAGAGAGGUGGAGAGAAACACUGCAGCUGGACCAGAUGUUGCUCCAUCAGUCUCAGAGUCAGAGCCAGUUGUGCAGUUCAACACUUGGGUGAGCUGUGAUUCUUCCCACCCGUCACUGCCGACAGUUCGCAGCGCAAGGCUCAGAGAGGAGCACAUGUCUUUGGAGGAUGUUCACACAGAUGAGGAUAAACUCAACGGUAGCAUGCUUUCCUCAGACUCCACCUAUCUCCCCUUCAUGUCUGAUGUGGAGUCACAAACAAUCCAGUCGGACAGCGAGGACGAGACAGAGACAUUUGAACCUGAUUCCUUGGCCCCAAAGUGUCCAGCUCAGCUCAAAAAGCACAACACAAACAAGAUAUAUAAUUCGCCUCCUGUGGAUACGCAAGAGAGGAAGACUCCUGAAGAAGAAGUUAUUUCUGGUGCAGCCGCAACAGCUCUCUCACCGGGGGUCAGAGGUAGCGCAGCACAAAAUGACCUGGAAACAACCUCUGAUUGUGUUAAAGUAGAGAUUAAAGAAGCCCCCAAGCAGGAAGACGCUGGUAUGUGUCCCAGCAAAUCCAGUUUGAUGGAAGCAGAGAGGGCGGCAGUGAGAAUACAGUCUUGGUGGAGGGGACAUUACACUCGAUGUUGUCACCCUAUGGCCAGAGAGGUGCGCAGCGAAAUCCGCCUGAGCAGGAUGCAAGAACACAUCCUGUUCCUGUCUGAGAAGCUGGACAGUGUGCAGAAGCAGUAUGAGGAAGAGCGAUUCCAAAGACUUGUUCAGGAGGAGGCUGUGAAGUUUCUGUGGAAAGAGCUCCAGUCUAUGCAGCAGUGGAAGACGUCUGUGCAGCAGCAGCUGGCUGACAUCGCUCAGGCUGUCCCCCUGAAUCAGACCUCAUCUCCUGGAUUAUGUAAGGCUGCGCCCCCAGUUGCCUCCAGCACAACGAAUCCUCCCAGCACAGACGUCUCCUUCCCAGACUCUGGCUUCCAGUCGACGAGCAAUCAGCAGGCCGCACAGGAGGACAGCUUCCUGAGCAGCGGGACAGAAGACUCCCUGAAGACGGUGCGAGCAAUGAGUCCCAUUCGCAGCGGCUUCGCUGGCGUGGACAGUGCAGACUGCAGCCUACUGGAGCAGUACCUCUCCUCUGUGCAGCAGAGAGAGGAGGAGGCAGAGGAGGUGAUCAGUGAAGGCACAGCAACACCACAGCCCUCCUCGCCGCUCUCACCUGGUAAAACAGCACAGUCCGACUCCACCCAGCAGAGGGCAGCAGAUGUGCAAAGAACGGAUGGAAGUCUGUCUUGACAGUGGACACUUUUACAGAACUUGUGAGUCUGUGUAAAUAGACACUGAGUGACCUGCACUCAUCUUGGUAUCUGACCCAGUUUUCAAACAACCGUGCGCUGGAGUCUGAACCCAGCACAGGCUUGAAAACAAGUACUUUACUGUGAAUGUAACCCGAGCUUUAUACUUCACCUCUCGUUCUCUUGUUUCGGUUACACUUUCCUCUUUGUGUGAAGACAAUGAUUGUGAGAUAGCUUCAGAAGUAACUUAUAUCUGUUUUUUAAUCGUAUACAGUCAGUAGGUUUUUUCCCUCUUCGUAUGAAAAGACCAGGCACAUUCACUUUGUCAAUAUCCACUGAAUUAUUAAUUAACUGCAAUAAAUAGGACGAGGAGCCGAUGUUUUAAACUUAGCACACAUCCAACCACAGAUGAAUCUAUACCUGAGCAACAACAUGCAUGUCACAGUUUGACCUAUGAGAAAAAUGUAAAUAAAUAAGCAAUUAGAAUUUUCCACACAUUUGUUUUGUUUCAUAUUAUUUUGAAAUACAUGACAACCCAGAGCUGCAGUGAACAAUUAUUUUAAUGAACAAUAAAUCUGCAAGUUGUUCAGUGAAUCCUUGUGUGUGCAAAGCUAAAUAUUAAAAACAGAUUUAAAUUAGAGUAAGCAGCACCAUCCAUCAUUUAUGACAUUGAUUGUAGCUGUGACAAGUCAAACUGUGUCCUGUAAAGAAAGUGUAUUGCCAAAGAGAUUCAUCUUUUGUGAUAAGAGUAAUUUAUAAAUUGAACAUUAUAAAUGUUUUAGCUCAGCUGGAAAAUCCGACUUUUUGUUUUAUCCUGGAAGUGUUUCCCUCUCCAGUGACCAGGAUACUUGGUCCAGUAAUACCUGGAAUGACCGGUACGUCCAAAUUGAUAUUCUCUAAUCCCUGCACUGGCCUCAGACUUGUUCAUUUAUCUUCUGAAAAAGGAUUGAAAUCAGUUAAUUAAGAUCUGAUUAACAUUAACAACUCUUCUAUAACCAUUUAUUAACUUAUACAGGGUUUGACCAGCCGGUGAUAUGUUUGCAAAAUGUGUAAUGGUAAAAGGACCAGUAUU